UCAGAGAUAUCCAACCUAAAAUAAACGUUGAUUCAUUAGUAUGAUAAAGCGAUUUAAACAUUUUUUUGUAUUUAUCAUUGAACGAUAAUCUUUUAUUUUUCAACAACUUUCGACAACGAACGAUAUUGUUAUGCAUGUUAAUACGUUAAAUAUUUACAAUGUGAUUAAUCUACGAAGUGAUAUAGUGAACAAGGAAAAGAAAUGUACAAGUUAAACAAUCUACUAUUCUUUUACUAUUUUGCAGUUGUUACUGUUUUUGCUGAUACACCUGUAGUGAAUGAUAAUAUUUGCAUAUUUCAUGAACCUGUUCUUAGUGUUUUCACUUACAACUUUACCAGUCUUAUAAGUCCUACAAAGGAUGCUAUUGUAAAUGAUGAACGUUUAAAUGUAACUGUACGUUUACGAUUAUGUUCUGCACUGAAACAAAAAUGCAAUGGAGAAGAUGGGUAUGGAAUUUGUUUAGUGAAAAACAAAAAAGAAAAAGGAAUAGGAAAAAUGCCUCCAGUGGUGAAUAUAACAAAUGGAAGAAUAAUGUUUGUAUUCACAGGUGAUGACUGUACAUCUGAUACUAAAUAUACUGUAAAUAUUCUUAUGAAAUGUGACUAUAAAGCUGAAAACAAUUCUCUCCCGGAACUAUUUUCUCAUACAUUAGAAGGAUGUAACAUAUAUAUGAUAUGGAAAAGUGUUCUUGCUUGUGGACCUCGAGUUAUAGGAAAUUGUACAGUAACAGAUAAAGGAUUGCAUUAUGAUUUAUCACCUUUAACGAAAUAUUCAGACAAUUAUUUUGUUACAAUAGAUAAAACAUUACCAAAAAUUAUAUUAAAUAUUUGUCAUUCUGUAAUAUUUGAAUACAAAGCCCUAUGUCAAUCGCAUUCUGGAGCUUGUUUACAGAAUUCUUCAUUCAAUGAAUAUGUGAAUUUGGGCGAUAUUCAAAACCCACCCUUUGUAACAGAUUCUGGAGAACUUAAACUUGAAUAUCAGGAUGGAGAUCUGUGUAGAGUGAGAACUAUUUCAGUACCACAUAUUAAGACUUCUAUCACUUUUAAAUGUGAUUUCGAAGCUACGAAUACAGAUCCAGAAUAUAUUGGAGGAAGUGAAGAGUGUCACUAUCAAAUAAUGUGGAGAACUGCAGCAGCUUGCAGUAUAGAAUCUUUACGUAAUCGUAGUAUAGCCACUGCUGGCAAUUGUACAGUGAAUAAUCCUCUUACAAAUUUUACGUAUGAUCUACGACCUUUAAUGAAUAAAAACUUUUAUACAAUAACAAAAAAUGGUAUAAAAUAUAAAUUUGGUGUAUGUGAAUCACCUGUUAAUAAUUCAUGUGUGGCAGGAACAGGAGUUUGUCUUACUCAGAAUAGUACAUCUAUGGGAAAGGCUAAUACAAAUUUAAUGUGGGAAAAGGGUGGACCAUAUUUAAAUUACACAGAUGGAGACAUAUGCGAGAAUGGAUUACAACGUUAUACAAUUAUUGCAUUUGUAUGUGGAGCAGAAGGAUCUCCAGAUAAACCAUUUAUUACUAAACUAAAUGCUUGUCAAUUGACUAUAAAUUGGAACACUAAUUUAGUUUGUGAAAAAAGGGUGAAAUGCGCGACAGAAGAUGACGAAAUAAAUUUGAGUUCACUGAUAAAAUCUGCCAAUAACUAUAUUGUAAAAGUAAAUAAAACUGAGUUUCAUAUAAACGUAUGCAGGCCAUUAAUUCCUGUAUCAGGUUUAACAUGUGUACAUGGCAGCGCGGUUUGCAAAGCUUCAUUAAAUUCACGUAAUGAAUAUGUAGACGAAAUCAGUUUAGGGUUUCCAGAAGAAAAUCCUAUAUUGUAUAAAAACCAUGAAAUUGUAUUACGUUACGUGGAUGGAUCUCCUUGUCCUGAAAACCCAAAAAGAUUAAUUUCUUCAAAUUUUACAUUUCCGUGUUAUAAUAAUGGCAAGGGAUUUCCGGAAUUUAAAAGAUAUGAAGACUGCACUUACAUUUUUGAGUGGAAAACAAGUAUAACAUGUGGAGCUGCAAUGGGAAAUUGGACUUCUCCUUGCAUUAUACACGAUCAAUUACUUUCUUCUGAGUGCAAUCUGUCUCUACUACAUAAAAAUGAGAAAGUAUACUAUGUGGAGAACAAACAAGGCAAAAAAUAUAGCAUAAGUAUAUGUGGUGGAGAAAAGAGCUGCAAUGGUUCUGCUGUAUGUGAAGGAAACAAUGGAUAUGGAACACUAGCAAACGUAAUUUUUGAUUAUGGUAGAGAUGUUAUAAAACUUCAAUACUCUAAUGGUAGUAAAUGUGUAAAUAGCUCCUACACAUCCGAAGUACGAUUUAUAUGUAACGAAUCUAUAGGAAUUGGCACACCGAAGCUGUUAUGGGAAUCACAGUGCAGCGCAGAAUUCGAAUGGCAUACAAAUGUAACUUGUACCUGCCAAUCAAACUCUCAGCAACCUACUGUUUCUCCAAACGCACAGGAAGAUGUACAUGAAUUGGCUCCUAGUCAUACUGGUACAAUUGCAGGCAUCGUGCUGAGUGUUAUCGCCCUGGUAGCAGCGUUGCUUUAUUUUCGAGAUCCAGAUAAACGAGCAUGUUUGCGCUCUUGCAUUAAUCCAUUUUCCUUGAAAAGAGGCCGUGGUCGCGUUCAAUACUGCAGGGUCGACACUACAGAGGAAGCUCGUCUUUUGCUAGACGUCGAUCCAACGCAGUGCCAAACAGAUAGCGACGAUGAUCUUUUGAAUGCCUAGUCAUAUCUCAUUGUUGUUGUUUAUCUUUAAAACUUUAUUUUAUCUAAGUUUCAAAACACACGAAGAAUAUGUACUCUUAUCGAACACGUGAAAUUCUUGCUUGAAACGCGUGAAAACAUGCUUCUCUGUUUUCUUUGCGUUACCAUUGGUUCCGUGCCAUAAAUUUAUUAGUAUUGACAUUUAGGACUGUCACGUAGAAAAAACUAUUUUAGUAAAUAUAGUUUUCGUGUUUCAAUGUAAUAAUUAAUAUUGGCUUUUGUUUCAUUUAGAAAUUUGCUAACACGAGAGUUAAUUGUGGAAAUAUUCAAACUAAUAGAUAUACAGAUAGGCUGAACCUGAAGAUUUCGUUUGGUAAAAUUGUAUAAUAUUUUUCACACGGAAUUAUAAAUUUUCUGAACUAUUCUCGGAAAAAUAAGUUCAAUAAUUCGACUAAUAUUAUACGGUAAGGUUGUGAAGUAGAAUUAGCGUUAUAAAAUUUAUGAAUUAAAAAUUAAUUUGAUGAUUCUAUAGUAAUGUGAUUUGAGUCUAAAUUAAUUUUUAUGCUUCUAAGAAGCUUGUAUAUAUUUUACGUUUGUUUAAAAUAGAUAUGUUUUAUUUCUAAUUGUAAUAGGAGAUAGUUUUCUAAGAAAUCAAAAUUUUUAAUAAAGCAAUUGAAUUAUUUCAAGAUAUUAAAUUACCAACUGAAACAUUGUACUUAUAUACUCGGGAAAUUUAAUUUUCUUAUUUUUUUGUUUGAAAGCUACUAAAGGAAAGCUCAAAGAAAGUUUCCAAAAGAUAAUCUUUCCUUUUUUGGUUUCUAUUCUGUAACAAGAUUUUUGUUACCCUCUAUGGUACGGAAUUUAUAUAAAUUUAUAAAGUUUAUUUUGAUAAUUAAAAGAAAACAAUGUCCUUUACAAUGAAAUUAAUAUAAAGCUCCUUAAAUAGUUUUGUGAUUGAUAUAUUAUAAGGCAUUCCAGUAUAUUUUGAAGAAAAGAUUAUAUUUUAUAUUAGAAUAUUAAGAAUCAAUUUGAAGCUUUUCGUAUACGAGAAAGGAGUUUCCAAAAUUCAUUAAAAAAUCAACGGUGUAUUUCAAACAGAUCUACUAAUGAAUAUUCUAUAUGAAUGCAAUAUACAUAUAGCAGUAUCGUAUUAUACGCAGCUAAUAAAGUUUGAAAUAAUUGAAUAGAAAUUCUAAUAUCGCUGGAUCUCUUGCCAUCAACAAUAUAUUGUGCUUGUGAUUUAUGUAAUAUUUGUUUUUUAAAUGUCAUUAUAUCGAUAAUAUUGACGGAAAUAUUUUAUUGUAAUUUACCAACCGAACAAUUGUAGCAUAGUUUGCAAAGCUUCUUUAUAGUUCUUUAUUUUGUGAAAUAUGUAAUAUGUUAUUUAAUUAUUUUAUCGAUGUAUCCUUGUCGAUUAUAAAAAUAUGUAAUUCCAAAGGGGUACUUAAUCUGUAUAUGCAAUAAUGUUUUUAAACGAUGUGUCUAUAAAUAAAAUCUUUUAAUCAUU